GAACUGAAACAUUAAAGCGCAGUCAUUCGGUUUCUCGAGACAUUUUUCGAAAAAUAUUCGUCGUAGUCCCGGAGAAUAAAAUUCAUUUUCAAAAGGAAAAGUCGUGUAUACAAAUUACAUACAUUGUUGUGCGUUGUGUGUUUGUUUUUUCGGUUUUUGUUGUUGUUGUUGAUGGACUUUUUUUGUGAAACAUUUUUCUGUUACAUCUCUUGAUGAACAAUAUUGGCGAGAGUGCAUAAACAUUGCGAGUUAUAAGUACACAAAAAUAAUAAAAAUGUUCAGAAAAUGAGUUUUUUUGUCGACAAUAAUUUGUUUUGAGUGAUUAUCAGAGCACGUUUUCUGCACUGCGAGUGGAUAUGUAUAUAAUUUGUGAUAUGCGAAUGUUAUUUGAUAUUUGAAUCAAGUGAUAUUUUUGUUUGUUGAGUGAUAAACGGCCGCGCUGUGAACGAUUUUUGGAGAAUUUUCCGGGAAAUAGAUUUUGUGAGCGGCUUUUCGACUGAACGGAAACACUGCGUUCGUUGCUGGAAUCGGUUUCGAUUGCAAUUCGAGUGUCAACAGUUUCGAGAAUACUGAUUCACAUCACCCUCUAUCAAUUCUAAAAUUCACCAUGAUGCCCCAGCAGUAUUGUCUACGAUGGAAGUACCAUCAUAGUAAUUUACAGAAUAUGUUUUCCCAGCUACUGGAUCGAGGCUGUUUUUGUGAUGUAACGCUAGCUUGCGAAGGACAAACAUUGAAAGCGCACCGGGUGGUGCUGUGUGCGUGUAGUACAUUUUUCGACACAAUUCUGACAAAUUGUUCGAUAGAAAAGGAUCCAAUUAUCAUAAUGAAAGAUUGCAAAUUCGACGAUGUCAAAUGCUUGAUUGAGUUCAUGUACAAAGGGGAAAUAAAUGUCGAACAUAACAAUUUAGCGUCACUUCUAAAAACAGCCGAAGAACUGCGAAUAAAAGGUCUGGCCGAGGUGUCUUGGCGGGACGAAGAAGCAGCAGACGAACAACAACAAACCAGCAUGAAGAUCACAAAUAACAAUAACAGUACAUACAUAGAACGCACCACCUCACAAAACAAUUCCACCGACACAACUCCGCAGCCCAUACCACUAUAUCUACCAAACACUUCGCCCCCACACAAUGAAAACGGUGUCCCGCAAAUACCAUUACAGAAACGAAAAAGAGGCAGACCGCCCCUGGACGGCCCGUUCGAAAGCUACAGUACGCCAAAGAUUGCCCACAUAGAAAGUAACGCAUCCAAUUUUAACAGCGCCAAUUUAGUGUCAGUCAUGCUCGAUGCAGAAAAUUCAAUGGACAAAACGAAUGAAGAAGAAACGUGCAAUGAAUCGACCGCAGACAUGGACUGUGAAAGAGAGCUGGAGUCGCCGAGAGUUGUUCCAAAAAUUGAAAGACCUGAAACACCGACUGAUGACUAUAACUAUUAUAGAGCCGAUAAUGACGUGGAAGGUAAUUCUCACGAUGAUAUGGACUAUGACGACUUCAAACCACCGGAUAUGGAUGCUUCAACCUCGACAACGUUAACACCUCAAGAACAGGAAGAAUGGAAAGAAGUGGUAAAAUUAAACGAUUAUCUGCUGAAAGGGCGACGACCGCAAUUUUGGGAAGAAUCCAUCACAAAACGUGUCAUCGAAGCCAUCAAAACGCGAGAUCUGGAAAUGAAAAAGGCGGCGGAAUUGCUAGGCGUUUCGUAUGGCACCCUAUACGGUCGAUACCGUGAAACCUAUGGAUGCUUAAAGCACCCAUAUAGGUAAAGGCCAGUGCAGGUUUGCCAAUCAUAUUCACGUUUAAUGUGGUAAAAUCGGUACCUUUCACGAUAUUGCAGAAUCAAGGAGGCAGAUAUUAUUGGCAUGCUACGACGCGGUAAUAUUGCAAUGCCACAAGCUGCUGAAUUGUUAAAAACAUCGCCAGCAAAUCUGAUCGGACUUAUUGAACAAGUAUAUUCUUAGCCGUAAAGAAUUUUUUCGAUUUUUUUUUCUCGUAGUUUUACAUUUCUGAAGAUUUAGUUUCUAAGUUAGAAAUAUUUUAACUAAAUUUAGUUAAAGUAAAAGCAAAAUGCAGGUGAUUUUAGGCAAUUAAUGAAGAUAGAAAGAGAAGAAGUUUCCAAUUCCACUAUUUAUUUAUAAGAUGAAUUAUUAUUGUGGUAGUCGUACUACGUUUGUAUUAGUUAUUAUUUCUCCUCCCCCAUUUAUGUUUCGUUGUUAUCACACAUUAUGAACCAGGCACUGAAAUGAUUCAAAGUUAAAUUUAUGAUUUUUGGAAAAAUUCCUUUUUAGUUGAAAUGUUUUCGUAAUAUUUAUAUGUUGAAUGGAUUGAAUUGCCCACGACGACUAGAAGAUUUUUUUGAAUUUUAUUUUUCCAAUAAAAUCCGUAAAUUUAUACUCUUUGUUUUCCAUUAACGUUUUUUUUUCCUAUUUUAAAGAUUGAUUUAAUAAAUUAUUUUUUACAAUU